AUGAAGAUCGAAGAAGUUUCCGCUGAGGAUAAAAUCAUCUCGGAAUGGGAAAGAAGAAGGUAUAGGCCCAAACCUGGAGAGCCAGAGUUGCCGCCGCAAUUAUCGGGCUUUGCCAACAAAUCGACUGAUGAGGUGUUGAAAGAGAUCAACCGUCUCCCAUUUUUCAUGACUGAGUUAGACGAGACAGAUGGAGAGGGAGGACAGAAUGAGAGCCUUGAAGCAUUAAAAAGUUUGGCUUAUGAUGGUGAACCACACGAAAUUGCCGCUAAUUUCAAGAAUCAAGGAAACGAAUGUUACAAGGCUAAGCGAUAUAAGGAUGCUGUGCAAUUCUAUACUCAGGGUAUAGAGAUCGAAUGCAAGGAUGAUCAGAUAAACACCGCCUUGCUCAUAAACAGAGCGGCAUGUAAUUUGGAGUUGAAGAAUUACAGAAUGUGUAUUGAAGACUGCAAAAAGGCUUUGCUUAUAGAUGAGAACAAUGUGAAGGCAUGCUACCGUGCUGGAAGAGCUUUUUUUGCCGUGAAUAGAUACCAAGAAGCAAAGGAGAUUCUUCGAUAUGGCUUGACGAAGGACCCGGAGAACCAGCCUAUGAAGGAUACCUUCAAGAAUAUUGAAGAAAAGGAACAACAGGUCAAAGCAGCUAUCGAAAGGAAGGAGGAGAAGGCUGCGAGAAAGAAGGAGGAAGAAAGGACUUUGGACAAAGCAAUUGAGUUGAGACGCAUAAAGAUCUUGAAAUCUCCCAGGCCCCCAGCGCUUCUUGAAGAUACCAAAAUGAAGCUUGAGGACCCCCUUGAUAUGGAGUCCCAGCUUAUUCUACCUGCUAUGAUUCUCUAUCCGACAACCGAUGAGUUUGAUUUCGUUGCGGAAGUGAGUGAACUGUCUGCUCCAAUUGACGUUCUCACUUUGUUAAUGGACAGACCAGCUGAGUGGUUCGAUGACCCUAAACACGAAAACUUUUCUGUGAAGAAUCUAGAAUGCUAUAUGGAAACUUUGAGUGGAGGCUUGAUUAAGGUUGGUAAAAAAACUCCUAUAGCUAAUGCAAUAAUGGCUGACGGGGCCAAGGCGCCACUUUUUGACAAUGGCUUACGGCUUUAUGUUGUGCCCAAGCAAGAGUCAUCGGAGUGGAUCAAGACUUGGAGUAAAGAAGCUGCUUUGGCAAAACGACAAUUAUAG